AUGUCAAAAGAAGGGGGAAAGGACUCUGUAUUUAAAACCACCAAAGUCCGGACCAGACUGAGAGGAGACAACAGCUGGCUCAAGAGCAAGUCUGAUCCUCAACCUGAAGAGGAGGAAGAGAAGCCCUGGAUUGCAGAAGUCAGAGCCAGACGCUUGAACGAGGCCAACGUUGAAUCCAGUCCAGUAUCCUCACCCGUCCAAUCCUCUCCCUCACCUCUCCAAACCAGCACUGAACGAUCACCCACGUCUGGAUUUCUGAUCAGGGGGGUAUUUACAAAAACAGAAAAGACACCAACGACUACCACCAAUGGCUGCAGCAGCCCAACUCAAUUCACCAAAAAACCCUCUGAGACAUACAAAAAAAUAGCUCCGCACACGGUGAGAAGCGUCACAGAGGUCCAGGAGGGCCAGCUCAGCAUAGAGGAGCAGGAGAAGCGAACGAAGGCAGCCAGCAAUGUUCUUAAUAAAUCAGCACCAAGACAGCGCUCCUACGUUCUAUCUGCAGCUAAAAUAUACGAUUCUAAAGACAAAACACCAGACUUAUUGGUCAACAGCAAUGCAUCAUUUGUGGCUCAAAGGGUCGACAUUAUAGACGAUGAAAACAACGCAACGACUCCCACCUCCACAUCCGUCGCUCCUCUUGCCAAACCGCGAACAUUCUCCAGCCCAAGUCCAACAGCAGCAGAAGUUAAGCUUGAAGAGGUGAAAGCAGAGGAGAAGCCCCCAGAGAAGGACCCGUUUGAAAACAUGGUACCAGGCUGCACUAAAGUGGCCACACCUUUGCCAGAGCUCAUCCCCGAUCUGGUCCAAGCAACUUACGUCAAAGCGGAUGACUCAGGUGAUGCCGAACAGGCUGAGUCACAUGUCGCAGAACCAGCUCCACCCUCGCCGCCCUCGCCACCUGCAGUCGCACCGCCGUCACAGAGCGUCACAGUGGAGUCCAAUGUGGUCACGUCAGAGGAGACUGUGAAGACAGAACUGGAACCAGAAACGAUCAACAAAGAGUUAAGCUCUGACCACGAUGUCUUCACCCCCAGAUAUGUAGACUCAAUAAUACAAAGAUUUGAAGUAGAGGAGCCUCUUCAGCGUCUUCGGCCACCAACACCUGAGCCCGUCAAACUAACCCCUGUGACACUGCCAGAACAACCAGAGCAAGACCUGGUGCAAAUUGAAACUACUCAAAUAAUUUUGACAGCAGACGAGCCAGAGCCGCCGGUGAAAGAGGUGCAAAAAGAAGCAAAGCCAGAAAUUCAGACUUUACUCGAACUGAAACCGGAGUUGGUAGAGAAGGAACCUGCCGAUGUGAGCUCUGACCACAAUGUCUUCACCCCCAGAUAUGUAAACCCAAUAAUACAAAGAUUUGAAGUAGAGGAGCCUCUUCAAACUCUUCAGCCUCUUCAGCCUCUUCAGCCUCUUCAGCCUCUUCGGCCACCAACACCUGAGCCCGUCCAACUAACCCCUGUGACACUGCCAGAACAACCAGAGCAAGACCUGGUUCAAAUUGAAACUACUCAAAUAAUUUUGACAGCAGACGAGCCAGAGCCACCGGUGAAAGAGGUGCAAAAAGAAGCAGAGCCAGAAAUUCAGACUUUACUCGAACUGAAACCGGAGUUGGUAGAGAAGGAACCUGCCGAUGUGAGCACUGAACAAGAGUCAACCAUCAUAAUCAAGGGCACGGAACCGGCAACUGGAGAUUUACUUGGGUUCAACGAAAGCCCAGACUUGGCUCCACUUGUCCCUCCUAGUCCUGAACCCCAGAGCGAAGACCUGCCCAGUCUUUUAGAAAGUAAGACGCCUGUCAAAUCUAGCAGCAGCUUUGCCGACCUGCUGUCAAAUGAGGACAUUGUCAUCACACAAGUGCACAGCCUCAGCACAGAGCCAGAGAAGUCAACGACAGUGAGCGAAACAGUCACAAUAACAACCCAAACUGUGAUCAUUACUGAUGAACGUGAAGAGGAAAGUGAAAAUUCCCCGAGUUCACGUGUUAUUACCACAGUGACUGAAUCCAGCUCGACUGAUCCGUUUGAUCCAUAUCCGAUCGGGAACACAUCCUCUAACAGAUCCUCUGACCUGCUCCAACCUCUGGCAGACAUUUCCAUCAGCAGUGCAUUUGACAGAUCUGCCGAGACUAAAGAGCCCAACCCAGAAGCUAGUAUGAGUGGAAAUGUCUUGAAUACCCUCUCAGAUGACCUCAUCCCAGUCAACACAGAAGCAACAACUACAAGCCUGAGCUCUCGUUCGUGGGCACGCACAUGGGAACCAGUGGAGUCGGGGAACACUGAGGAGAGCCAAGAAGCAGAGGCGGCCCUUGACGGGGACGAGGAGAAAGUGAUCAUGUUCGAGAGGACGACGAACGAAAACGACUCGCCGUGGGACAGGUGGACCUCGCCGACUGUGUACAGCAUCAGCAAUAAUGAGAAAGAGGAGGAAGAAGAGGAAUCUGUCAAGCCAGACUAUACGGAGACAGAAAUCAUCACUACAGUCACCACUAUUCGGGAGACGCACAGUGAUCCUAAGCCCAGCAUGGAUCUCACUUUGACAGAGCCAGAAGCAGAAAGCAAAAAGCCGUUUGUGUACGUGAAAGAGUAUGUCAAUGCAUCUGAGAUGAAUUCCAGAGAUACAAACAGAUCUGAUUAUUUGACAUCAACAUCAUCAAGUUACAACUACAGCAGCCCUACUACUUACUUCAGUGAGUCAUCCUACUGUACGUUCUGCAAUAAGCAAGUGGGCAGCGAUGCCAAGAUCACCAUCGACCAUCUGAAUAUCAACUGCCAUCCUGAGUGCUUCAAGUGCGGUGUGUGCAGUUUACCGAUGGGAGACCUUCUGCACAAGAUGUUCAUACAUGGUGGAAUAGUCCACUGUGAAAGCUGCUACAGAAAUGUUUAG